AUGACUGCCGGCUGGGAGGUAGCGGCGGCGGGAGCGAUCAGCCAAUACGCGCAGUCGAGAGCAGUCGGUGGAUCAAGUGCCGCCGCCUCCUCUUUCCAUCCUCCCUUUAGCAACGGCGGAUUCCAGGCUCUCUCGUGCCCUGACAAGACGGCCUUCUCUCAGCAUCAGUCUACAACUCCCGACACCUUGUCGUGGUCACCGAAUUCUUCUGGCUCGCCUCCCACGGCGCGGCCGUACCAGUACACAGACUCCGUAGCGGAGGAGGACGACGACUUCUAUACUGCACCACCGCCGCCGCAUUCCCCAUCCUCGGAGGCUUCUUCCUCUAGUUUCACUUCGUCGCGCCCUCCCCCUUUUUCGUCCCUUGUCUUCGCUCCGGCGACCGAAUUCAAUCGCGGGAAGGCUGCCUUCUCCCCACCUGAAUCUGCCUCCGCUCCAGCCUCCGUUCCACUUCCCCCCGACGAAGAGUCUCUCGACUCGAGCCCUUCUUCAUCCUUAGUCGCUGAAACUAAGGCGUCCUUCUCCCGGGACCACAAGCCGGAAUCGUCAGGAAAAUCUGCGGAAGAGGGAGAACCUCCUCCGCCGUAUACUGAAGGAUCCAGUCCUAUCGAAUCGUUCACAUACGUGAUGGCUGCAGCAGGAGGAGCGUCGAGCAUCAUCACGCAGGUGCAGCAGACCGGCGGGCCGCCGAUCAAUACAUUAGGAGAUAUCGGUGGAGAUGAACAUAUCACUCUUGAUCUCCGGGGAACCCGCUUUACCCUCUCCCGAGAUGAGCUGCUGACUCUCCCCGAGUUUGUCCUUUUGUCACUUUUUCCGAACGGUCUACUCCCUGACGGGCACAUGGGUACCUUCCAUGAAGGCGACAUCUAUCCGGUCGACUACGAUCCGGCGUCUCUGCAAUAUAUGCUAGACUUCUUCCGAUCGGUUGCUCAAUCCAUCCCGUCAUCAUCACCAUCUGCAUCGACCUCUCCGGACCUGGAUGUUGCUCCCGACUCCAUGCAAGGGACUGCUAGGGAUAUGCUUCAGGACCGUGCUGGUAUCAUAGUGUUGCGCGAGGAUCUCGAUUUCUAUGCGAUCCCACCUCGCCCAGAUAUAGACCAGGCGGAGAUGAUCGAGGUCAAGCGCGCGGCUGCAAAAGCAUUGUUAAAACAAGACGGGAUAUUUUCUGGGCUGAGAAAGAGCGACGAAGCCGGCUCGACAGAGCAGCAUCUCAUCGAGAUGCUUACUGCAGGUGGGUUUGAUCGUGACGACCGAUGGGGCCACCGGGCCCCAGAGCCCAACAAGGCGGUAAUAUGCAGCCUGGCUCUGGCCAAGUUGCGUACCGACAUCCGGGGCGACCUGUCGAACAACAACGCAGUUGGCAUGGCUCAGAAGCUCCUUCUAUUCUGGAGGAAACCAGCCAGGAGAUGCUGGUGGGAAGGAGUUGAGCUGGAUGAUGUGGAGGGAGUUGAAGGCAAAGUGAAAAUUUGGAUCCGUAGAGUAUGGACUCUAGAGAUGCCUUCUCGCGGCGGUCAUAUCGUACCAAUGGACUUUCUUGGUCUCCGCCGUUAUCCUGCGAUUUCUUUCGUCCUCGUCGAUGCAUAUUAG